CGUAUUAAAGCGAAAAGUGACGAUAGGUACGCUGAAGCCUGGAACUUGAAGCGUGACGGUGAUUUUGAGUGACAUAGGUAGGUAGGUAUGAAGGAUUAUACUGCUGCAGCUCCAACUUCCAAGUCCAAGCUGCCGCAAUGGCUGAGCUACCGUAGCAAACAGACACUGAGAUAGGGAAACAGCCGAGUCUCAUGCUGCAUUAGGGGGCCGGAGCGAUCAGCAAAAAGCUCUGCAUUGAAAGGCGACAUCCGAGCUGCUGAGUAGUGGUGCGACACAUGAGCGUCCAUCAGUUCCCCAGAGAUAACUUCAGACCCGCAGUAAUAAGUGUCAAGAAAAACUUAAUGGUUCUCUAGGACUCGAACUAUGGUUGCAAGGGUGACGUCUCCCCGGUCAGGCGCCGCGGGCGACGUCACCAUGCGAAGCAUCAGCCGCCAGACCCUGGUUAUGCUGCCGGUGGGAAUAAUAGUCUUUGGGUUGGUGCUGUUUGUCCUGCACUCGUCCGGCAAGCUGUCGCACUUUAAUCCUGGCCCUUUGAGCCAGUCUGUAUCAAACGACAGUCCCUUUUCCUCGUCCUUUCUUGCGGCGAGGUACAAUGUCCAGCUGAAUGCACGUAGCUUGAAGGAGCUGUGGAGCGGCGUCGACAGUGAUCAAGGGCCCAAGAAACCGCAGGAUCAGAUUGGCCUGCCACCCGUCGAUAGCCUACGGCUGCCAGAUGGAACUGCCGAGCACAUUUCAGAGAUUAUACACAAGCAACUGAGCGGGUUUCUGGCAGCCAAAGAGAAGGAAUCUGUUGUGCAAGACGGUUCCAGGCCGUUCUCACAGGAGCUGCUUCCGGAACUGGUCUCAAAGAAGGUUACAGCAUCAAUAAGUUCCCAGUUGAACAGUCAAUUUGCGAUCUGGAGCAAGCAAGUGGAGGAACUUAAGCAAGCGAUCUCGCAAGCAAAAGCUUCUGCAGCCGAGUUGAAAGAGGCGCAUGAAGAUAAGACGCAGCUCACUAGUGUGGAUACUGUGGAGGUCGAGCAGCUUGUCAGCCAUUGGGACUUGCAGUUCAACCUGAGUUCCCACAUCAGUCUACCGAAGAGGAGCAGCAUAACUGAACAAGUCCUUCCAGCACCGCAUCUCCAGGACUGUGAAGCAGUGACGAUACUGCGCAAGACUUGGGAUCAGCGCUCUUCCGACGGGUCACUGCCGGCUUGGUAUACAGGUGGCGCCGAUGACGCUGCAAUGACGUCUGCGCGCCCGCAGCCGCCUUGGGUGGUUGGAGCGGAUCUGGACAAUCUCCAGGGAACGCGGGCGGCGCAGGCAGCAAUCUGGGCGCAUCAGCAUCCUAAGGACUGCCGCGAUCCGGCGCACAAGUUCCUGGUCGUCAACUGGUGGGUCGCCAACGGCCACGGCAUCGGGUCGCAGCUGCACGGCUGGAGCGUCUUCCUCGCAGUGGCCAAGACCUACAACCGGACUCUCAUCAUGACCGACUCUUUCACCCGAGCGGACCACGAGGGCUGCGUUGGGCUCGGCCGCAAGUCCAGCCUGGGCUGCUAUUUCAUGGCCCCAGAAGACCCGGUGUGCAAACAAGUGGCGCUGGAGCUUCUCAACGAGCAGAACCGUGCCGGGAUCGGUCAGCCGAUCCAUCACAACCUCAAUUCCAGAGCUGAGAUCGACGCCGUUCUGAGGAACAGCACAGAGCGCGUGUUGCAUUACGGGCACAACUUGGAGCAGGCCACCGCCUUCUGGGAUCUGGUGCCUGACGGCCCUUGGGGCCAACCCUGGAUCUCGGACCCAACCACGACGGAGGAAGUGGCGGGGAAGCUUUUCGACGGGGGCGAGUCGACCAACAGGAUGCGCUGGUGGCGCGCGCAGGCGACCAGCUACCUGCUCCGGUUCCCCACCCAGUACCUGUGUUCGCUGUGCAACCACGAGCGGAACCGGAACUACGGAAGGAAGGUGGCCAGGGAAGUCCUUGAAGCGAAGCAGAGGCAGCUUCAAGUCUCCACCGAGGACGAAUUCAACAAGAAUCUGAUGGUCGGAGAGCUGGAGCAUACGCUAUGGAGUUCGGGCUCCGGUCUUGCGCCUUAUUUCCCCCGUCCUAUGUUGUCUAUCCACGUGAGACAAGGGGACAAAGGGAUCGAGAUGCGGCUGUUCGACUUCGGGAGUUACAUGGCGCAGGCGGAGCGCAUUCGGCGGCACGACCCGAGCGUCAAGACCAUUUGGCUCAGCACGGAGAUGCAGAGCGUGGUCGAUGACACGCGUCGUUACCCCGCGUGGGAGUUCCUUUACACCAACACCUCCCGGAUCUUUGGCGCGGACCGCAUCCCUGACGCUCGGCAAAAUGUGGACCACGCUUUCGUGAAUCUGAUGCUAAGCGCGGAAGCGGACUACUUCGUAGGCGCGCUCGGAUCAAAUUGGAACAGGCUGAUCGACGAGCUUAGGAAGACGCUCAUGGGUCGCCUCCGGGCCGGGCAUAUAUCGUUCAACAUUGCUGAGUGAAGGGCGACCACGACCUUGUGUGCUUGUGGUGAAGUAACCGCUGGUCACUGAGCACGAGCUGGAGGUUAACGUGGAAGAGUGUACAUAAUUGGGAGACUUCGUGCUGUGAGCCUCCUUCAUACAUUGCAAAAGCGGGUUGUUCCCGUGCGCGCCAUGACUUUGAAGCUACCCUGCACGCGUAGCAUAUAAUCUUUCUCUUUGUUUUUU